AUGACGCGCUUCAACCAGGCCUUCUUUGGCCUUUUGCUUUCUCAAGUUUCUUUGGGCCUUGCAUCUCCCUCCCAGGAACCCUGUGCUCAAGUGGCUGCUGCCCAACAGAAGCAAUGGCAAGAAAACCCGGAGGCUCCAAAUUUCACUGUCUCUGCCGGGCUUGCUCAGGCCUGUCUGGCUUCAGUUCCAUUCAAAUCGAAGGAUGCACUGGAAUUGAUUGACGGAUUGGGCUAUUUCUGGGACUGGCAAACAACCAAAGACUAUGUGAGGAACCCACCACGGGGAUACCUUUUGCCACCAACCGAUCUCGACGGCGGUCUUAGAAGGAUUCGCCAUAAAGCCGCCCGCAACGGCUAUAAAGGUGAACUUGAAUUCCAAUUAGACUUGGAUACUCUGGUCAGAUCGGUGCAUGAUGGCCAUUUCAAUCUUGGACUGGAUCUUAUCACCACUUUCGAGUUCAGGAGGUCCGAACUUGGUCCACUUGUAUCCAUUUCGGAAAAUGGCAGAAGCUUCCCCAAAGUUUACUCGCUAUAUGACCUGCAAGGUCGUGCGAAGAAGCCAUCGGCUAUCCGAACAAUUGAUGGCGAAAACGCAGCAAAAUGGCUGACCGAAUUCUCUUUCAAGGGAUCUUUCCAGGACCCAGAUGCCCUCUUUAACGGCGUUCUUUAUACCCUCCCACGCACAAGAGUUAGCGGUCUCGGCUCCUUCUUGACAAGCCGUGCCGUUCUCACAGGCGCAAAGACGUCCGUCAGAUUCGAGAACAGAACUACGAUGGAAUAUGACAAUUUUGCCAGGUCCUCUGCUAACUUUACCGGGGUUACGGAUGGCAAGUCAUUUUAUGAAAAGUUCUGCACCCCUUCGGUGUCAGCUGCAUCACUUUCAAGUUCUAGUGAAAAGCAUUCGCCUUUCAUGACAGCAGAUCCGGGAUUCGAAUCCACCACCGCCGUGGUGGCCCCGCGCUCUAACCCUGAUCUAGAGCCGAUUCGUGAGUCAACAGAUGGCGCUGUGGCUGGAUAUUUCCUCAAGGGUGAACGAUCCAACGUUGCUGUACUUUACCUCCGAAAUUUUGUUGGCUUCGCACUUAAUGCCGACCCAUUGUGGGAAUACAGUGAUACAGUGACGAAGUUCUUGGCGGACUGCAGAGAAGCUAAGAAGGAGAAAUUGAUCAUUGAUGUGAGCGGCAACAGAGGUGGCACGAUUUUCCUAGGUUACGAUACAUUUAAGCAGCUGCUUCCAGAAGGGAAAAUCGAAACCCCUUUCAAUCUCCGGGCAAUUGAACAGUUCGAUAUCAUUGGUACAAAGGUCAACCGUCUCCUCGACAACCCAAGUGAUCCCAAAGCCCCUGCAGCCGAACGGGAGCGAAACGAUAUCUUCGAUAUCAACUCUUAUGUGGAUGUUGACGGCAAAAAGUUCGACUCCUGGGCUGAUUACUUCGGACCAGAAAAGGUCGGAAGGUUCAAGUUCGCUAACCUUGCCUACUGGGAUUUCCAUAAUGAGGAAAUGUCGCUGAAGGCUGGUGGUCUCAUUGUUUCCGGCUACGGAAACCGCAGUGACGUUGCGCCUCAGGCCUUCAAGACUGAGAAUAUGGUUUUGGUGACUGACGGCAUUUGUGCAUCCACCUGUGCAAUCUUUGCGGAUUUGUUGAAUCGCAACGGAGUAAAAUCCAUCGCGACUGGUGGCCACGGCCGAUUCGGUCCCAUGCAGGCGGUGGGCGGUGUUAAAGGCACCCAGGUCCUCACUUUCAGAGAGCUCUGGGACUCAGCCCAGCGUGUCUUCGCGGAGUACUCCACGCCCGAAGAGCAACAAAAGUUGAAGAACACCCAGCUUGGCAAGAUGAUCAGCAAAGGAAAGUAUGUGCUGGAACGCUUGUUAGAUGGCGGCCACGGAGGUCGCGUCAACUACCGUAACGCAGUGUACCCCGAUGAUAAGGACCGCGUGCCUCGGCAAUAUGUGUACGAGCCUGCCCAUUGUCGGAUGUGGUUGACGAAGGAGGCGUUGCUUGACACCAACCGCUGGUGGACAACUCUUGCCAAUGACUGGUGGGGAAGGAAGUCCCGAUGCGUGUUUGGCUCGAGGCCAAAGGCGUAA